AUGUUUGUUGGUAAUUUGGUGAAUGUUGUUGGAAGCUCAUGUAAACGUCGUGAUUCUCUUCGAGAGAAACAAGUCGCCAAGAUUAUCGAAGAACUUAAUAUUGGUUCUAUUUUAAGUGGGAGGGGCUUGAAUCAGGAAACCACCCUAAAGCGAGCUGGUGAUACAAGAUGGAGCUCACAUUAUGGUACUUUGAUUAGUAUCAUCAACUUAUUUCCAUCUUUAGUUGAAUUGCUUGAAGAAAUAAAAGAGGAUGGAUCAUCUACAGAUCAGAAACAAGAUGCAAGCAGAUUAUUAGACUCAUUGGAAUCAUUCGACUUUGUAUUUAGUCUGCAUUUGAUGAAGGUUUUGUUGGGGACUACAAAUCAAUUAUCACAGGCAUUGCAAAGAAGAGACCAAGAUAUUGUGAAUGCAAUGAACUUAGUUAAAGUGUGUAAGGAGCAAUUGCAAAAUAUGAGAGACAAUGGAUGGGAUUCUCUUCUUAGUCAAGUUGUUUCAUUUUGUGAAAAACAGGAGAUUGAUGUUCCUAACAUGGAUGAUGUUCCUUUUAUUCCAGGAAAAUCACGACGUAGAGCUCCAAAGGUCACUAAUCUGCAUAGGUAUCGAGUUGAAUUAUUUUGUGCAGUCAUAGAUAUGCAACUUCAAGAGCUAAAUGAUCAUUUUACAGAGACUACUACCGAGCUACUUCUCUGUAUGACAUGUCUUAAUCCAUCUAAUUCAUUCUCCGCUUUUAGCAAAGAAAAAUUGAUUCGGCUUGCUCAGUUUUAUCCUAAAGAUUUUUCUGCAGUAUCUCUCUUGGCUCUUGAAGAUGAAUUGGACACUUAUAUAUCUGAUAUGCGAAGCAGUAGUGUGUUUACACAAUUGAAAGGAAUUAGUGACCUUGGAGAAAAAAUGGUUGAGACACAGAAGGACAAGGUUUAUCCAUUAGUUUACUUGCUCAUAACAUUGACGCUAAUUCUUCCAGUUGCAACUGCCACUGUAGAAAGAGCAUUUUCUGCCAUGAAGAUCAUAAAAAGUGAUUUGCGAAACCGAAUGGGAGACAUGUGGAUGAAUAGCAGCAUGAUUACAUAUAUCGAGAAAGAAAUAUUUGAUGGUAUUGAUAAUGAAACCAUCAUGAAAAGAUUUCAAAAUAUGAGCAAUCGUCGUGGACAAUUGUAA